UUAAUAUUUUAAGAUAAAUUACUAAAACCUAAAAAAAAUUAAUUAAUCAAAUCAAAGUCCUUGAGUUUGGCAUUAACAAAUUGUUCGUUCUGAACUUUAUGUUAAAGAGUAUUUAAAAUGUCAGAAGCGGAUGAUGACCAAUGCAUGAGUCGGUCAGCUCAUCAACGCCAACAACAGAAGCUGCAAAUGCAGCAGCAGCAGUUGUUGGCGCAACAAAUGGCUGACAAUGAGGCAGCCGCUGCUGCGGCCGAGAUGUUCGAUCUCUUUUGUGUGGCCACCACAAUGCGUCAAAUAUUGGGCCUGCAUCGUCAAAUGUGCGAUGUCGUCGGUCUACGUCCUGCCCCGCUUAACGAAUUCUAUCCGAAGCUGAAAACUAAAGUGCGUUCAUGGAAAGCUCAAGCACUGUGGAAAAAAUUCGAUGCCAGAGCUUCACAUAGAGCCUAUGCUAAGGGCAAUGCUUGUACGGGUACGCGUGUUCUGGUAAUUGGUGCCGGCCCCUGUGGUCUGCGCACAGCCAUUGAAGCCCAAUUGUUGGGUGCCAAAGUAGUGGUAGUGGAGAAAAGAGAUCGCAUAUCCCGCAAUAAUGUGCUCCAUCUGUGGCCAUUCGUCAUCACCGAUCUGCGUAAUUUGGGCGCCAAAAAAUUCUAUGGUAAAUUUUGUGCCGGUUCCAUAGACCACAUCUCUAUACGACAGCUGCAAUGCAUACUGCUCAAAGUGGCUUUGCUACUGGGCGUCGAAAUUCAUGAGGGUGUAUCAUUUGAUCGCACCAUUGAGCCCAGCGGUGAUGGUUGUGGUUGGAGAGCUCAAGUUUCACCUGCCGAUCAUGCUGUAUCCCAUUAUGAAUUUGACGUCUUAAUAGGUGCGGAUGGCAAACGUAAUACCUUGGAGGGCUUCAAGCGCAAAGAGUUUAGAGGCAAAUUGGCCAUUGCCAUAACGGCAAAUUUUAUCAAUAAGAAAACCGAAGCUGAGGCCAAGGCGGAGGAAAUUAGCGGUGUGGCCUUCAUAUUCAAUCAGUCAUUCUUUAAGGAGCUGUACCAUACAACUGGUAUAGAUUUGGAAAAUAUAGUCUAUUACAAAGAUGAGACGCACUAUUUUGUAAUGACCGCCAAGAAGCAUAGUCUCAUAGACAAGGGUGUCAUUAUGCAGGACUUUGCCGAUCCUGCUGAACUUUUGGCCCCCAUUAAUGUAAAUACUGAAAAACUCUUGGACUAUGCCCGAGAAGCCGCUGAAUUUUCUACCAAAUACCAAAUGCCAAAUUUAGAAUUCGCCGUUAACCACUAUGGCAAACCAGAUGUUGCCAUGUUUGAUUUUACCUCAAUGUUUGCUGCUGAAUCUUCAUGUCGCGUUAUAGUACGUCAUGGCUUUAGAUUAUUGCAAUGCUUGGUGGGUGAUAGUUUGCUGGAACCAUUUUGGCCCACCGGUUCUGGUUGUGCUCGUGGCUUCCUCUCCAGCAUGGAUGCUGCUUAUGCCAUUAAACUUUGGGCAAAUCCCGCCAACAGUACUUUGGGUGUAAUGGCCCAACGUGAGAGUAUUUAUAGACUUUUGGGUCAAACAACACCGGAAAACUUACAACGUGAUACCGGUGGUUACACCGUAGAUCCAGCCACUCGUUAUCCCAACUUAAAUCGUACCUCCGUUAAUGUAUGGCAAGUGAAACAUCUUAUUGAUACCGAUGAUAAAAACAUAUUGGAACAAACAUUUAUGGAUACAAAUGCCUUGCAAGUUACUCAGGUUGAUACACCAGUACGCAGGAAACGUCGCAGUGGUGAUACUAUGCCUUUAAGCGCGGUUUUAUUACGAUGGAUCUGUGCCCAAUUGCAUGCCUAUGAUUUUGCCAAGGAGCUUAAGGAGGUUUCCGAUGUUUUCACCAAUGGCAAGGUUUUGUGUGCUCUAAUCAAUCGCUAUCGCCCCGAUCUAGUCGACUUCAAUGCAAUCAAAGAUUUAGGCCCCAUUGAAAUGAAUGAUCUCGCCUUCAAAAUACUCGACAAAGAGUUACACAUACCCCGCAUAAUGAGCGGCAAAGAUGCCGCCCAGUUAAAUACAAUUGAAUCGAAAAUAUGGCUUAAUUAUUUGGAACAAAUCUGUGAAGUAUUUCGUGGAGAAAUACCCCAUGUUAAACAUCCUAAAAUUGACUUUAGCGAUUUGCGUGAAAAAUAUCGCGUUAACUAUACCCAUGCCCAGCCAGAUUUUUCAAAACUUUUACAACUGUCCAGCAAACAAAAGGCCAAAUCACCAAUAGAAGAUGCUGUCGAUGUGCCACAAGCAGCGCAAAAACGUUCCGUUCUAGAUGAGGAGAAAUUGAAACGCCAGCGACGUCAUGAACAAAUGUUGGGCGCUGGUAAUGCUGCAACGGGUGCAGGCAAUGCAGCACAAACUGAUACUCCUCGGCGUGCCAAAAAGCGACGCAGUGCUGAAAAAGCUGCCAAUAUUGAGGAACGUCAAAAGCGUUUAGAAGAAAUUGAACAAAAUCGUCAAGAUCGCCAGAGCAAACGUCGCCAGCAACGUUAUCAGCAAACGCAGAACUUUUACAAAUCCCUACAUAUGUUGCAAGCGAAUAUCUUGCUACGUGAAGCUGAUGAGAAUACACCCUUCGAGGACUAUUCCAUAUUUUUAUAUCGUCAACAGGCACCGGAGUUCAAUGAUCGUGUCAAAGAGCUGGAAAGAAAAUUAUUGUUUCCCGAUCGUGAACGUGGAGACAUACCCUCUAGUGCACCACGUUCCAAUGCCGAUGAGCAAUUUAGUGAUCGCAUAAAGUCUAUGGAACAACGCAUAUCCUCGCGCAAUAAUUAUGGCAAUGAUAAGAAGCCCAAAGAUUUAAUGCGUGCCAUUGGCAAAAUUGAUAGCAACGAUUGGAAUGUGCGUGAAAUUGAAAAGAAAAUCGAACAAUCCAAGAAAACCGAAGUCCAUGGACCCAAAGGUAGGGAGAAGGUACCCAAAUGGAAUAGGGAACAGUUCCAGGCGCGUCAACAUAAAAUGGCCAAGCCCACACGUCAAGAUUCGGCCGAGGAAAAAUUCAAAGAAAUCGAUCAAACAUUAAAGAAUCUUGACAAACAACUGAAAGAGGGUAAUGUUUUGGAGGUGGGCGAAAGGGGUCGCAAUAAAGUGGCCUCCAUAGCAGGACAAUUUGUAAAGCGCGAUGAUACACCGGAAGAAAAGACUCCCCCUGCCCCCCCGGCAUCAACGAAAUCUAGCACUAAAGUGGCCCUGGCCUUUAAGAAACAGGCAGCCUCGGAAAAAUGCCAUUUCUGUCGACAAACUGUAUAUCUCAUGGAGAAACUGCAAACUGAAAACUUGGUGAUGCAUCGUGGUUGCCUUAAAUGUCAUCAUUGUCAUACCAAUCUACGACUGGGCGCCUAUGCCUUCGAUCGGGAUGAUCCAAAUGGUCGUUUCUAUUGUACCCAGCAUUAUAGACUGCCAGCCAAACCCACAAGGCCCGUUGUGCGUAAGCCAGGACAAAGGAAAUCUGCUCCCCAAACAAAAGAGGAUGCUGCCGCUGCCACUCUAGGUAUUACACCUGCAGAGCAAACUGCUGAACUUGUUGUCAACAGUGGUGACGAGUCAGGCGGUGAUGACCCUAGAACACCCGAAAAACGUGGACCUGUUGAUAAUGUCAGCAAAAUGGAUCUUUUGGAACGUGGCCAAACACCAGAACGUAUAGAAUUUGAAAAUACCGAUGCCAUGUCGGAUGGUGAACCCUCGGAAGAGCAUAUAAUAGAUGAGCAUGAAUGGUCUGGUCGUAACUUCUUGCCGGAAUCCAAUAAUGAUUCCGAAUCAGAUCUCUCUAGUUCCGAUGAAUCCGAUACUGAAUCGAAUUCGGAUAUGUAUGAGGAGGCAAAUGAUUCACCAUUGGGUGUGCAAACAUUGCAAUUGGCUUCUGAAUGGAUUGGCAAGCAAAAUUAUUCGGAUAGUGAUGUUUCGGAUGAUAAUUAUGAUUCUAGUGAAGGUUUAGCGGAUGAUGGCAAAGACGACACCGAAGGUGAGGAUUUUGUCAAAGCCAGAGAAAAACGACGUGAAGAAGUUCGCUUACCUCCACUGCCGCCUAAUUUGCCCACAGAUACGGAAACCGAGAUAAAAUCUUUAACGGAAUCUAACGAUGACAACAACGAACAAAUGACAAGACCAACAACCAACGAAAUUCCUAAGACCUCAAGCGAAACGAAUACGACGGACAAUAAAAUCAAUGAAGAAACUUUAGCGGAGUUGAAACCACCCUCCUUUACAGAACGUCAAGAUUCUGUUAACUCUGAUCAAUCAUUCAAAUCCACAACGUCUUCUUUGCCCAUGACAAAUGGCACUGCAGAUGAACAGAAUCUUAAUACAAAUCCAAUAGCAACGUUAAACAGCAACUCCGCCACCACCAAAUUCUCAAAAGCUGAUAUGGAAAAAUUGGAAAGAAAUUCCGAUACUAAACUAAGUGCCGAAAUAGAUGCCAUCAGUGCCAAAUUGUACAACAUGAACAAUGUUGUCAAAAUGAACAAGGAUCUGGAGACAUUGGCCAAGGAGAAUCUCAUACAAAGUGAUAUAUUGAAAAAGUUAAGUAUGAAAGAGAAAUGGCUGGCAGACAACAAACCUGCCGGUGCCCCAACUCCUGUGGUAGCUCUUAGCAAAUUUGAUGAGAAAAUUGACAAACUUUUACCCAAAUCCAAAUUUAUGGACCAAAAUACGAACAAUAAAGAUCCCUAUGCUCCAAAAUCGCAAUUUAAGGACGUGACCAAGAAGCCGGAGGAAGCUGCAGUGCCUUCUUCCGAUGUGGCAGCCAAAACUCCAGAAUCUGGGAAAAAUGAACAGCAAAAAGCUAAAGAUAGUCGUGAAGUUCUGGCCCAAAUCAAAGAGCUGAUAAACAAAGAAAAUGAGCAAUUAAAGGCAGCAGCCAAGAAGCCUCCUAGCCGAACGAAUAGCUUUAAGAAUAACAAUAGGAGUCCCCUAUUAAAACCAAAGUCCGCCGCUGAAGUUAUUCCUCAAAAGAAUGUUGGCAAUGAGGGCAAAAUGGAAAUUGAAAAUAUUUUGGGCAUUGUGAAAAAUAUAGAAAUAUCCAAAUCCGAAACCGCCCUCAAGGCCAAGGAUAAGGAUAAGGGCUCCAAGGCGCAACCACCCGCCCAAGAUAUUGGAAAAAUGUUGUAUCGCAUCGAAACAAAGUUUUCCCCCAAACCCAAUAGACGCAUGAAUGACAAGCUUAAAGAAAUCGAAGCUAAAAAUUUCUCCGGUACCCUGGACAGUAUAAAGUCACAAAUGGAAGUGCCCACCGUAAGUGCCCAGGCAGUACCAGCCAAUGUAGAUUUAUCGAAAUAUUUUCCAAAUCAACAACAACGUAAGGAUUCUGUCAGUGCUGUAAAUAAAAAUCAAAAAUCCUUGAAUGAAGUUGAUUUGACCAAAUACUUUCCCACCAGUCCGGCGCCACAGAGAAAAACCUCGGUGGUCACCGUGGCUGAUCGUUUGAAGAAAAGUCAAACGGAAAAGGCUUUGGAUGCGAAAAAGGAUGGCAAUAAAGUCAAUGCUCCCAAAAGGCAAAUAUCCAUGGGAGAUGCUGACGGAAGUGCCACCACCAGUACCAACUUUAGUUUAAAGGAUAAUCAAAUGGAUGGUGCCAUCGAUUUAGCCAAAAUGAAAGCAGGCGCAAAAAUUGUUGCCCCAAAUAGUUUAACUAAGGUGGAUGAAGGGACUAAGACUCAAACUAAACCAAUGGCCGCCAAGGUGGUAACACCAUUAAAUACUGGGCCAAAGCUGGAUGUUGUCAGCAAAACUCAAACCAAACCAAUUGUAAAGACUAAUACUGCUGCGCCCAAGCAAGAUGAAGUCAACAAAUCUCAAGUUAAACCAAAAACAAAUAUUCUGGCUGGCGGUAAAACAGAAACAAAGGACAAUAACAAGACGGUCACCACAACAUCGGCCAUAGCUACAGUGGCUAAAAGUGGCAAAAAAGUGAAAAUAAUUAAGAAAAUUGUACGCAAAGGAUCUCUUAAGAAAAAUGAUGCCAACAACAAAGUCGAAAAGAAAUCGCUUGUAGCUCGCGAUGACGAUGAUCUCAUAUUGGAUGAGAUUUUACAAAAUGUCAGCGACGAGAUGCGUUCUCCCAGUUUGGAAUAUCAACAGCUAUUCCAAGAGGAAAGGUCACCCAGUGAUGAUUUAUCCGAUAAAAUUGAAUCAAUUCUAGAAGAGACUGGUAUCGACUUGGGUUUGGAGAGGAAAUCACCUGCGGGUCCACAGAAGAAACUGCUUAAGGCCAAAUCCUUUGGUGAAGGAGAAUUACAAUCACGCAAAAAUAGCUUGGCGGUUGAUAGCACGGUUGCCGACUUGAACAAAGAAGAGGGAGAUCUGCCCAGCGGUGUACAAAACAUACUCAAGCGUUUUGAGUCUUUAAGUUCUGUGCCCUCCGCUGGUUCCUUAGCCUCCUCUGCAACGGAGCCAAACUUUAAGUUAAGGCGCAUGGAGUCGACCACAAGCAAUUUAAAUAAAUCCAAGGAGUCAAUAGUUUCCAAGGAAUCGGACACAUUCAGCGAUUUGGAAAAGACCAUGGAAUAUUUGAAAUCGGAAUGGCGUAGUGAGGCCACCAAUUUCUUGCAAAAGAAACGCAAAGAUUUCAUGAAGUCUCGACAAACGCAGGCCUCGGAUAGUUACGAGGAAGUAGCUCCUGUGGAACAAACCCAAUUUUCUGAAUACAAGGAUUCCAAGUAUGCCAAAUUCUUUGGAUUUAAACGCAAAAGUCCGGAAAAGACUAAAGCACCAGCGAAAACAAAACCAACGGAAUUGAAACCCAAAACACCUGAAAAGAGGAAAUCGCCGCUAAAGAAAAAACAAAAGUCGCCAGAAAAGAAAAUGAAACAACCUUCACCACCGCCAUCAAAGAGCCAUACAACAACGGCAGCUGCAAUAGCAGCGCCUAAAAGCAAAUCCCCCAUAGUUUAUGCCUCUCUGGAGGAACUUGCCCUUGUAAGCAAAAGUGAAGAAGUCCCUCCCAAAACUAAUCCCGAGCAGAAAGUGGAGGUCAAUUUGGAAAUGGAAGUUGAAAUUCAGUCAAAUAACAUCCUAAGUACAAAAGAAAUAAUUCCAGAAAUAAAAAAGUCACCCGAAAAAGUUACUAAGGAAAAAUCCGUUACACCUUCAACUUCGAUAAGCAACCAAAAUAGUUUCGAAAAGGCCUUAACCUUGGCCUUAAACAAACCCGAAGAGCCCAUACAGACUCUCGUCAAUAUUCCUAGUUCUAAUAAUCCAACUGAGACUUCCUCACUUCCUCAAACGCCUGAAUGUCAGACUCCCAAACGUCCUUUGGUGGAGGACAUACGUAAUUUACCCAAAACUGGCUGUGAUAAGUCACUAAGUAACUCACGCCGUGGCUCCAUCACCAGCAUACUGUCCAGAAGGCAGUCAAAUGGUUCUGUGGGUGAAAUAACCAUUGACAACCUAGAUUCACUACUAAGUCCCGAAGAUUUGCUAGAGGAUCCUUUGAAUAAAGCCAUACUAUUAAGCGAAAACUUUGAUGAAGAUUCCCUAUGUACCUCAAUAAGCAAAAGUCCAAGCAUUCAACCUAUAACGGCGACGCAAGUGCGAGGCUCCUCCGAAGACGAUAGCAUAGACAACUUAUUUAGCCAAUUUUCGGAUGAAAUGUUGGUCAACGUGGAGUUCGAUUCGAAUGAUGAGUUAAUAGAAAUCACACCAGUUGCAGAUGCUAAAGUGAAAAGCUCUACGGAACGUCAGCCGGCGUCAAAAAUGACUUCGUCUAGUCCCCCCAUAAGGCUGCAGGUACCCUUGAAAUCCCUACCUGUAAAUGAGAAGAAUUUCCCCAUGCGACCCAAACGAAGGCCUAAAAGCAAAUCCUCCUCUAGUGAUUCAACUCCACCUUUGCCCCCACAACGCAUUAAAAAGAAGCUAUCAAAACUCUCACCUUCCAGUAUGCCACCUUCGGUGCAGGAUCUCUUGCAGGAAGUUUGUAAAAUGGAGCAACCAUCUCAAGACGCAGCAGCAGCAACGAAUAGUAAGCUUCCCUUAAGGUUCCCUCGUAUUAUCGAUGAAGACGAUGUCCUCAUAGAGGACACACCUAUAGCCAGUAAACUAUUUACCCAAGAUAAACCGCAUAAAAGUCAAAAUCCCGAAACGCAAUCUCUGCAACAAAAGGAGGACAUACAAAUUUCGGCAAAUAUCGUUAAUGAUGGUUUUGGCUAUGGACCCAACAGAAAUCCCGAAAAUGUUACCGAAUUUACCAAAGUUCUUAAGCCAAUCGAAAUUGAAAUAGUUACACCAGAAGAAGUGAAUGUGGAAAAUCCCAUAGUCGCAGUUGCUGAUAGUACGAAAAAUCAAGGCUUGAAACCAAGAGCACCCUCAGUGGAAUGGAAUAUGGAAAUGUUACCAAAUAGUCCCAUGCCAAGGCAUAAACAGAUACAUAAACUCAUGGGAAAACCACCCUCCGUCGAAAGCCUGAAUGAGGAUGGGGUAGCGAAAAAGGAUGAAUGGAAUAUGGAAAUGUUGCCCAAAAGUCCUAUGCCACAAAGAAAGAAGAGGGAGGCUACCCAAUCUCCAGCCAAGGAACAAAGUGGAGGGGAUAAAACAACAUUCCUUCCCAGGGAGAAAAAAGAAGAAGAUGGAUCCUCAUUAUUGAAUGUCCCGAUAUCUACCAGAGACUCAAAUUCCAUGUUGAGGGAAAAAUCUCCCACCACCUCCAUUAAGAUGCUUAACGCCAUCGAUGUUACCACAGAAGAUUCGGAGAAACGUUUAAUCGAAGAAUUCGAAUCGGAGAGGCGUCACGCUCUCAUACAAAGAGACAAGGAAUAUAAUGUCGUCGAGAAAGUCGAACCUAAACCACCCCGUAAAGGCAGCGGAGGCAGUAAUACAUCCUCAAAGCUGGCCACUCCUAUCUCACUUACACCUUCCAAACAAAGCCCCAGAGAUUCCCGCCGAAGCUCUCAGCAAAGCAUUAACACCACCACCAGCACCAUGAAUCGUGGAGGAACCCCACCGAUGAUGAAGCCUUUGGAGCUACCCUCUUCGACGGCAAGUCCUUCGCAAUCUUCGAGGCACAGUUCAUUUGCAUUUAUAGAAUUGUUAGAUAGUAAACCCAUCAUAGCUCCAAUGCCCAAGAAACUUGAAUUGCCAAAAAUAGAAGAUGAGGUGGUGAAGCCGGACAAUAUCAAUGAAAAUACAAUUCCUGAGGAAAUGAAGAAUAGGCCUUGGCCCAAGCCUCAAUUGGACGACGACGAGGAUGAGGAGGAUAAAGACAAGGGUAUGGAUACAAUAGAUGGUGAGGAGUCUCAUCCGGUAGAAUAUGCCAAUGUUGUGGUAGCUGCGGGUCCCAAACGAUUAUGGCCAGAUGGUAGAACUAUUUUCGAUAAAAACAAAAAAGAAUACAACCGAAAAACUAAGCCUCGCUCGGAGACCCCAGAAAUCGGUCACUACAGCGCGGAUAUGACAUGGGAUGAUAAGGUGAAACCGUCUUCCAAAUCCAUAAACGAUUUAAGCAAAUAUUCCCUGCCCUAUUCUUCGAAUUACUCACUGGCGACUACAACAGGUCCUACACAAAUGUCCAAGUCUAGUAAUGACAGUGAAUACGAGUCACAUCGAACCAUCCACACUCCACAAAGGCCGACACGUCAACAUGCCAGUUCGAACCCAUCGCCGGCAACAAUUGAUGCCAGCACCCAAAUGCUAUUGGAACGCAGCAAAGAGUUGCAUGAUCGCAAAAGGGAUUUCGUCAAUGAGCGGGUGGUGGAACGUAAUCCUUAUAUGAAAGAUGUUAUUGCAGCGGACAGAAGAAAUUCGUUAAGCGGUGUUGGUACUACCAACUAUGGCAGCAGAUACUAUUCGGAUGAUGAUGACGAUGAUGAUGAUGAUAUAUCUCCAACAUACAGGCCCUCCCGGCACUAUACCUCGAAUUUGUCCAGCAGCACUAACACCAAUCGCUUUCCUAGCUCGAGAGCCUUGGGCAGACCACAUGUCAGCACACAUUAUGAUUAUGUACCCACAUAUACCGAGGGCAUGUCUUCAUCUUCGAACUUAUAUGGCAGUAGUCGACGUUUGCCCACUGUUACUCCCUUGUCUUCACUGAAUACCGGCACUUACUCCUCCUCAUACAAACCUUAUACAUCGUCAACUGGUCGUAGUUCGUAUCUCAAUGAUAUUUCCAGUCGGCGUUCCCCCUCUCAUUACCGUGAUAGAGGCGGAGAUCAUUUAAAAAACGACAAUUGUAUUCUGUCUGUUCAAAGCGAUUCCGAAAGUUCGACGUCCGACGAAUUGGAACAUAAUUCGGCCACCGAAAUUUCUACAGAUUCUGAGUUUGAUAAUGACGAACUUAUCCGUAGUGCCCCAAAGAUAUUUAUAGAUGAUACGCAUCUGAGAAAGCCCACUAAAGUCCAGGUGAAAUCAACAAUCAUACCACCAUCCAUGACACAAAACUACAAUGGCGCAAAUACACAGCAUAAGGCAAUAAGUGGUGCUGGCGGUGGUACGUAUUUGGCCAAAUAUCAAACACAACAACAACAGCCAUUAAUGCCACAAUUCAAACCAUUGGUUCAAGUUGAUCCAUCGCUGUUGACAAGCAAUCGUACCCCAUUGCAAAAUCCUAGGCCAGGUGAUUAUCUGCUUAACAAAACUGCCAGUACCGAAGGUAUUGCCUCCAAAAAGAGUUUAGAGUUGAAGAAACGUUAUUUGCUUGGGGAACCUGCCAAUGGCAAUAAGAUUCAAAAGUCAGGCUCCACCUCAGUAUUGGACUCGCGUAUACGUAGUUUCCAAUCCAACAUUUCCGAAUGUCAGAAACUUUUGAAUCCCAGCAAUGAAAUUAGUCCCAGUAUGAAGACCUUUUUGGAUCGCACCAAAUUGGGCGAAAAGACUAGUCAAGAGUUAAUGCGUUCAGCCACUAACAAUAUUCUCAACGAUCUUAAAGUGGAGAUCACCAUACAAAAAGCCUCGUCCACAGCUUCAACAGACAAUGAAAAGGAAAAUGUCUUUGUCAACAGUAAAAAUGAGCUCAACAAAUGCAUGGAGUACUCGGAAACGGUAAAUGCCGUGUUACUGGAUGCCAUGUCACCCAACAAGAAAUCUCCCGCCACCACGCCCACUAAUAAUAAGAGCAACAUAAUCGAGACAGUGGAUUUGGUGACACCGGAGAAGGAAAUCGAUCGUGACAAAUCCGAUAGCAAUAAAGUCAUUGACUUAACAGGGGAUUCGCCGGAUCAAAAAAGUAACCGGACCAUAUUGGAAAAUGAGACCAAAACUCCAGAUGUCUCCAAAGAUGUAAAACAAGUCAUACCAGACAUUUUGGGGCACAUAGAAGAGCACAAGGACACUUCGUCCUCAAGCAAAGAAGAGAAAUCUCCCCAGCAAGAGGAUAAUAAUAUGGAGAAAGCGGAUGCGCCCGAAAAGCAGCAAGAUCAACACGAUGACACUGAAGUGCAGGAUGUGCAAAUUGAGGUGCCCAACAUCGCCUGGAAGGCUCACAACUCAGAUAAUCUUUCGUCAUCUUCAACUCACUCCACUUGCUCAUCGCACUCAUCUAGUUUAGAAGACAUCGAACAUUUCAUUUUAGAGUCUACCACUAGUCCAGAAACCCACAAUAGUGCAAUAGCCAUGGUAUCCACCACAUCGACUGGAACUGGGCAUCAGGUGCCACGCGUUGAAGUUCAUGAUAGCUCAGGCACCCUUAUGCAAAUUGAUAGUCUUAUGAUUAUAGAUGGAAAGUAUGUGGGCGAUCCGGAAGAUCUCAAGUACAUGGAAGUACCUGAGGGCAUUAUUGUGCCCGCACAGCCGGCGUUGAAGACUACAGAGCUGGGGGAUGAGCAUGAAGCAGACCACGAGCACGAACCUGUUACUGCCACCCCCGAGCCCAUUGAAACCACAGUCAUUGAGGUAAAGGGGCAAAGGGAGGUAACCACCGCUAUCAGGCAGGAGGAUGACGAGGAGCCCCCACCACUGCCAGAAAAUGGACCACCACUGCCAGCAAAAGGGCCUCCGCGGGUAAAUCCCUCCAUGCUUAAAUUCGACACUAGAAAUGAAAAUAAAAUUGAAAGUUUGAAGAAUCUGCCUCUAAUCCUGGACACUUCGGCUGUCGAGCAAACGAAAGCGGUAAAGCCCAUAAGCCUUAAUCUUAGCAGCGCACAAAAACCGGCAGAAUCCUCACCGAUUACAUCGCCUCUCAUCGAUAUGGAUAAGACACCCACAGGGGAUCUCUUGUCUCGAGGCUCAGAUUCCGAAACCGAACCCACAGGAACUGCACAAAUUCUAACCGAAACUGAGUUAUCCGAUUGGACGGCAGAUGAUUGUAUAUCAGAAAAUUUUGUCGAUAUGGAUUUCGUUAAAAGCAGCCACGGCAAGGGCAAGAGCCAUAAGAAAGGGAAACGGAAGGGUAAUGCAGCGACAGGUGGAGUCAGUGCUGCUGGUCGUUUGCCCAGCACAAAUGAAGUUAUGAAAGAAUUGGCAAAAACAGCUCCGGUGGCCGAGUUUGAAGGCAUAUUGAAAUCCAUUGAUCUGGAUGACAUAGAGUUUAUGGACACAGGCUCCGAUAGUUCGGGUACCGAGCCACAUUCGGCCACCAAUACGGCUCUUCUACGUAAUCGAGGCUAUGUCGAAUUUGUGGACCAAACAACUCCUAAGCAUUUACCCAAUGCGCCUAUAAAAUCGGCGCAGCCUAUUGUAUUUUCCUCAAACGAGACCUAUAAACCCAUUGCCAUGAAACGAGAUGAGAAACUGGGCAUAGAUUAUAUCGAGCAAGGGGCCUAUAUAAUGCACGAGGAUGCCAAUAAAACUCCUGUAAAUGAAUCGAAACAAGUGAUAGGAUCAGCAUCAGCUGCUAUGACUUCUUCGUCGAUUAUGACUCAAUCGCUUACGGAUUCCAGCACAAUCAAUGACCUGGAGGAGGACAGUACGAACUCUCAAAUUCAAAUGUCUUCGAUUUCGAGGCCCGCAAAUUAUUCAAUCACAACAGCGGGUGGCGCCACCACCACCACAGAAGAGAGUGAAGCUUUAACCGUGGUUUCUAGUCCUUUGGAUUCAUCACCACACACCCCCCGAAAUUCUAGCAAUAAGCAGCGCGAGUAUGCCACAGCUGGAUCUACCCCAAGUAGCACAGAUCAAGCUCCAAAAUCUCCGCAAUCAUCUUCACAAUCAGGCAAUAACUCAGGCACAUCUUCUAGCAAAACUACACCACCUAGACAAUCUUCUAAAGAGAGUGCCAGUCCCAGUGUACCCAUGCCAGGUGAUAGGAGAUCCAACGAUGAACUCUCCUAUGAGGAGUAUGUGCGAGCUUUGCAACAGAAAAUAGUGCAAAUUAGCACAACGGCCCGAGGGGAUUCGCUGGAGGCAAGGAAGCAGCGAAGAAAAAGCUCAAAGGGCGAGGCAACGUCUGGGGGAAGUGGUUUGAUUGCUCCUAAUCAACAACAACACCAAACAACUGUGAUAGAACCCGCAACAGAAACUAAUAUAAGAUAUGAUACCAAGGACCAAGGACCAUCUGCCCCAAAAUCACAAAAUACCGGCACAACAACAAUGGGUUCAACAUCACCAGUCAUUACAGAUAGAACAAAAGCGGCCGGUGGAGGAAUAGCCGCACAGCCACAAGUGCAAAAAGUACCUGAAAUUCCAACGCUCACAAGCAAACUGGAAGAAAUAACCAAAGAACGCACCAAGCAGAAGGACCUAAUACACGAUUUAGUCAUGGACAAGUUGCAGUCGAAGAAGCAGCUGAACGCCGAAAAGCGGCUACAUCGUAGUCGUCAGCGCAGUAUUCUGACUAGUGGCCUUGGUGGUACGGGCAGUGGCGGUGCUAUUUGCGGUUAUUCUAGUGGUUCCAGUUUAAGUCCAACACCAAAGCUAGCGGCAGCUGCAACCACCACUGACACAAACUGCACAAACCAGGCACACUAUCAUGUCUCUACGGCCGCUAAUUCCACAUCACCUUCGGCUCGUACUGCGGCGGCUACGCAACGUUUCCUUAGCAAUAGUUCCAGUUUUAAAGAGAACACACCUUUGCCAUCAUCCUAUGUGUCCACCUACGGCAUGGAGGCUCUGUCACCAACGCGGGCCAAUGCCUACAAACAAAGGCCGUUUAGUGAACACCUAGAAGGAGAUCAAUUCAAGGCAUUUGAAGAACGCUACAAAAUAAAUAAAACCCCAUCCUUUUCUAAUGUAAAAGGCUCACAACGCACAACAGUUUCCCAAACGUCAAGCAGUGAGAUAACCACACCCAUACCGCCAUUACGUCAAAAUAAAGGACGUAAUGGGGUCGCCACCGCUGAUGCAGAAUCCCUGACAAGAGAUUCGAACUUUUCUACCUCUACCGAAAAUUUACGUAGCGAAGCUAGAGCCAGGGCUCGUCUAAAGUCCAAUUCGGAAUUGGGACUAAGUCCCGAGGAGAAAAUGCAGUUAUUGCGAAAACGCAUACAAGCCGAUUACAAUUGCAAUAACUCGAAGCAGGUAGAUAUGCGUCCGGAUGCGGCUUCAUAUGAAAGGCAAACGAGUUUACGCGAAUCGAAAAUGAGCACGUCGAAGAGUGUCAACGAUUUGGCCUACUUAAGCAAUUCACAAAAACAAAAUGUUCAACAAAUUGGCAGCGGUACCAUAAGUCACCAAACACCAACUGUUAGAGCAGAUUUCACAUCAGAUCCUAAUAUUUUAAUGUCUGCUACAAGUCAACAACAACAGGGAGCCAAACCAUUGUCCAAAAAUAGCAGUCGAAGGGCCAAGGACCCGGAACGUAGAAAAUCCUUAAUACAAUCAUUGACGAAUUUCUUUCACAUGGGUCAAGGCGGCAGCAGCAGUAGCAAGGAGAACAAACAUCACAAGGACCAUGCAGCCAGUGAGGGCAACUCUGCACAGUCAGAGCAUCCAGGUACAACUGGUGGUGGUGCUAAUACUGUUAGUGGCAGCCACGGAGGAAGUAACUCUUCGGCUAUUGAUGGUGUUCUAAGUCGUUUUCGUAUAUCACCAAAGUCCAAAGAUAAGUCAAAGUCCUGCACUGAACUCAGGAGUUCCUAUAUUGGUCAAAAGGAUGAUUACAGUUAUCAUGGCAGUGGUUAUAGUAGCCCAUCACGCCGUUUAAGAACCUCUUCGGUAUCAAUGGCUGCCUUAUCCUCGUAUGAAGCACCCAAAAAACUUCAUUCUUCACAGGAUGCUCUAACGCAUUCACAACACUUAUCUCAUUCAACAUACUACAGUCAAAGUCAACUCAACACUAGGCCGAACAACAACCACAAUGGCAGUAAUUAUCACCAACAACGCAUACAGGGUAGUAGUAGUAGCAAUGGUAGUGGUAGUCAUCAUCAUCAUCAUCAACAACAACAUUACCAUUCCCAACAUCAACAGCAUCCAUCAUCAACAAAACACCAGUUAUACACAAACAAUCGCAAAGACAUGCGUUCCACACACAACAGUCCUCCAACCAAGAAAUCAUCAUCCUCAUCGGCAAUACUGGCCUUCUCCUCAUCCAGUCCACAAUUAUGUGUCGUGCAUAAAUCGCAAUCGAUGACAAAUACCUCCUCGAGCAAUGCUGUUGCCGCUCCCGCUUAUGAUGAUCAGACACCGCCUCCCAUACCGCCUUUGCCAUUGAAUUAUCAAAGAUCAGAUGACGAAAGCUAUACUACCGAGACUCGUGACCAGAAAAAACAGCGUGCAAUAUCGAAGGCAGUGCGUCAAGCUGAGCUUAAGCGAUUAAGAAUCGCUCAGGAAAUUCAGCGAGAACAAGAAGAAAUCGAAGUGCAAUUAAAAGAAUUAGAAACUCGAGGUGUACUCAUCGAAAAGGCUUUGCGGGGUGAAGAACAAACCUUGGAAAACUUGGAAUCUACCAAUAAUGUUGGUAGUAAUGAUGAAAAAUUACUUAAAGAACUUUUGGAAAUAUGGCGCAAUAUAACACAGCUCAAAAAACGCGAUGAAGAACUUGGUAUACGUCAACAGGAACUACAAUUGGAACACCGACAUGCCCAACUCAAAGAGGAACUAAAUAUGCGUUUGUCGUGCAACAAAUUAGAUAAAAGUUCUGCCGAUGUAGCUGCUGAAGGGGCCAUAUUGAAUGAAAUGUUAGAAAUUGUUGCCAAACGUGCCGCUUUAAGACCAUCAUCAUCAACUCUUGAUUUGGCUACCACCUCUGAACUUUUAAGAGGUGGUAGUGGAGGUGGCGCCACAAGCGGCGCAGAAGUGGCUUCUGGCAGUAGCAGUAGUAAAAUACACUUAAGUUCAUCAUCACAUGGACAAUCGAACGACAAUGAAGAAUCAAAUAUUUGAAGAUAUCACAUUUCUUGGAAUACCCUGAUUUCGUUAAUGCUUAUGGACAUAUUGAAAAUAUUGUUCUAAAUGAAGGAAAACAAAAACAAUGACUAGUGAUUUUUAACAAGGAAACCCAGUAAAACCAAAUGAGUUGAUUUAUACAAAAACCAAUUGCAAAUACAAUGUUAAGUAUCGGAACAAAAAGGAAAUAAACCCCAAGUGACAGUGAAAAAGAAGCCUUCUCAAAAUGCCUCAUCGAAAUCAAUUAGUAAACUAAAUUCUAUGAACAUUUUAUUAUAAUAUUAUUUAUAUAUACGAAGAAAAUAAGAAGCAAAAACAAAAAAAAAAUAAGAAGAAAAUAACCAAAAAAAAAAAAAACACAAUUUUCCCCCAACCAAAUCAAAAAAUAAUGAUUCUGAUUUUUUUAUUAGCUUUUGGCUAUACUGUUUUUCGAUAACAAGAACAAAAAACAAAAGAAAAAAAACAUGCAAGUAUUUGAAGUAAGCAUAAUGCCAAAUAUAGAAUUUUCUCUUUCGGGUUUUAAACUAACUAACUAAGAAGAAAGAGAUUAAUAAUUAUAAAAGCAAGAAACAAAAAGUUAUAAAAAAAGAAAAAAAAACAUUUACGACAUGUAUGAUGAUGAUGAUGAUGAUGAAUGCUUUAAACACACGUUGUAUUUUGUAUUUCCAAGUGAAAUGUUUCUAUUUUCUUUGUAUUUUUGCAUGAUUUAUGUGCGAGACGCAAUGUGUGUGUUGGUGACAAGGCGAAGAUUGGUUUAGUUUAGAAGGUAAUCCGUUUUUAUGUUUAUUUUUGAUAACAAAUCAAUUUACGAACUGCUAUAUAAUUUAUUUCUUUAUACAAUUAAUUGAUACAUUUAUUAAACAACCCUGGUCUUCUGCUAAUCUCUGACCCAACAUCCCCUUCUUCCUCCAAAAAAAAACACACACACACAUACACAACUAUUAUUAUAUUACACUAUACAUACUCUACUCUACUCUACUAUUACUUAUAUAGUAUAUGCUAUACGUCAUAUUCUUGUAAUACAUAUUGUGUAAUUUUAAUUACUAUUCAUAUUGUGCUAUUUAAAACAAAAAAAAACUGAAAAAUACGUUACGUUUUGUAUUUUAUAUGUUUUGUUUAUUAAUGUUUUGUUUUUGUAAUAUUUUUUUGUUUUUAAUUUUUUGUAUGUAUUUGAAUAAUGUAUGUAUUGUGAAGGAAAUAAUGUGGAUAUCAUAUAAGUAAAUGACACACAAACUUCAUGACCACCAGGUUAAAAGUUCACACAUCCACGCCCCACUAUCUAUACACAACAGAAACGAAACAAAUAAUACCUACUUAUUUAUACAUAUGUAUGUACUCUAUACACAAAAUGCCGAAUUUAUUGGUUUUUUUUUUAACUUCAUUUAGACAUGAACAAAAAGAUCAUCAGUCAAUAAAAACUUAUGUAGCAAA